ACACUUUUAUUUUGAAAACCACACUUCCUUUCAGUGGUUUCUGGACUCCCGCAUGUGGAAUAAACUGGAUGAUGAGUGGGAUCGAGGCAUGGUACAUGGAUGAGUCCAGUGAGGACCAGAGACUCCCUCACAGACUGACCCCGAACCAGCCCGUGACUCUCGAGCAGCUCGAGCAGAUCGGAGUUUACUACUGGAAGUUAAAUGCUGAUAUUUAUGAAAAUGACCCUGAACUGCAGAAGAUCCGUGAGGAAAGAGGUUAUUCCUUUAUGGAUAUUAUAACUAUUCACCCGGAUAAACUUCCUGAUUAUGGGAACAAAGUGAAAAUGUUCUAUGAAGAACACCUCCAUCUUGAUGACGAGAUCCGUUAUAUUCUGGACGGAUCGUCUUACUUCGAUGUGAGGGACAAAGAUGACCGCUGGAUCCGAGUGGCCGUAUCUAAAGGCGACCUCAUCACACUGCCGGCGGGAAUUUACCACAGAUUCACCGUUGAUGAAACCAACUACACUAAAGCCAUGCGUCUGUUCGUCGGUGAGCCGGUCUGGAAGGCCUAUAACCGUCCAGCUGAUGACUUCGACAUCCGUAAGGCCUACGUCAGCUCCCUCAGAUGCUCCUGAUUGGUUUGGAGUUGAUGAAGCAGCCAAUCACAGGAUUGAUGAUGUGAUCUUCAUCAGAACGAAUCUCUGUAGUGCCUUUAACCAACUCUCUUGACAGGAAUCAUGAGUAGAUGUGUGUGUCAGCACUAAUGAUAAACACUUUAUACAGUUUUAUUUCAUAUUUUGAUUGUUAUGAUGAUGAAUUGUAGAGUUUAAUGCUCUCACGUGUUGUAGGAUUAAUUAAUUACUUUCUAUUAAAAGAUGUGGGGAUUAACUACAAA